UUUUAAUUUUUAUCCAUUUGACAAGUUCUCGCCAAGUCACUCUGUUUAUCCUUAUCCUUAACAAAAUUAAUUUCUUAUCAAAAUCUCAUUAUUAUUAAUUAAUACAUAAGUUUCUCAUAAUCUGCUAACACCCUAAUUCCUCUGAUUUUGAUUCGAUUGAUUUCGUUUCUCCUCUUUCACUGUGGCAUAGCUUCUUCCAUUCUCACUAACAAUGGAGAAUUACUCUCUUCCUCAAGGCUCUUAUUUUCUCGGAUUUGACAGCUCCACUCAGUCUUUGAAGGCAACUGUAUUAGAUGCAAGCCUGAACAUUGUAGCUAAGGAGAUUGUCAACUUCGAUUCCGGAUUGCCCCAUUACAAGACCAAAGAUGGUGUUCUUCGCGACCCUUCCGUCAACGGCCGAAUCGUUUCGCCCACCAUAAUGUGGGUCGAAGCAUUAGACCUAAUUCUUCACAGGCUCCAAGAAUCGAAUUUCGAUUUCGGGAAAGUCGUUGCUGUUUCCGGCAGUGGACAGCAGCACGGCAGUGUUUACUGGAAAAACGGCAGUUCCGAAAUAUUAUCUUCGUUGGACCCGAAAAAAACAAUGGUGAGUCAACUCGGUGACGCCUUUUCUGUGAAGGAAUCGCCUAUAUGGAUGGAUAGCAGUACUACGGAACAAUGUAAGGCGAUUGAAAAGGCAGUUGGUGGUGCUUUGGAGCUGUCGAAGCUUACUGGUUCACGUGCUUAUGAAAGAUUUACGGGCCCACAAAUUCGGAGGAUAUUCGAGACGCAGACCGAGGCUUAUGAGAAUACGGAGAGGAUUUCGUUAGUUAGCUCGUUCAUGGCUUCUCUUCUUAUUGGGAGUUAUGCUUGUAUUGAUCAAACUGAUGGUGCUGGGAUGAAUUUGAUGGACAUUAAAGAGAGAGAUUGGUCGAAAACUGUUUUGGAGGUCACAGCACCGGGAUUGGAGAAAAAACUUGGGAAAUUAGUUCCUGCAUAUGCUGUAGCUGGUUCUAUUGCUCCUUAUUUUGUGGAGAGGUAUCACUUUGACAAAAACUGUUUAAUCGUUCAGUGGUCUGGUGAUAAUCCAAACAGCUUAGCAGGUUUAACCCUCAACAGUCCUGGUGAUCUGGCAAUCAGUCUUGGCACUAGUGACACUGUCUUUGGGAUCACUGCAGAACACAAGCCAUGCUUAGAAGGGCAUGUUUUUCCUAAUCCAGUUGAUAUAAAAGGCUAUAUGGUUAUGCUGUGCUAUAAGAAUGGUUCUCUCACCCGUGAAGAUAUACGUAACAAGUGUGCAGAUAAAUCUUGGGAUGUUUUCAACUCAUUUUUACAGCAGACGCAACCUUUAAAUGUUGGAAAAUUAGGAUUUUAUUACAAAGACCAUGAAAUUACUCCUCCCCUCCCAGUUGGAUACCAUCGCUAUGUUCUUGAGAAUUUCAAUGAGAACACAUUGGAUGGAGUAAAAGAACGUGAAGUUACGGAAUUUGAUGCUGCCUCUGAGGUACGAGCAUUAGUGGAGGGUCAGUUUCUGUCAAUGAGAGCUCAUGCCGAAAGAUUUGGAAUGCCUUCACCACCAAAACGGAUAAUUGCUACAGGCGGAGCAUCGGCUAAUAACAGCAUUCUCGGCUCCGCAGCUUCAAUUUUUGGUUGCGAUGUCUACAAAAUCGAAAGCUCAGACUCGGCUUCAAUGGGAGCUGCACUAAGGGCUGCUCAUGGUUGGUUGUGCAACAAAAAGGGCAACUUUGUCCCAAUUUCCUGCAUGUAUAUGGACAAGUUGCAAACGACGUCUCUAAAAUGCACGCUAGCAGUUGCUGCUGGAGACGAAGGACUUACGUCCAAGUACGGUUUGUUGAUGAAGAAAAGGGCGGAAAUUGAGAAUGGUCUGGUCCUGAAACUAGGACGAAUGUGAAUAUUUAUACUUGCUAGGAAGCUAGAAUUCCAUCCAUUUACUUUUCUUUCUGAAAAAAAAAUAUUUAAUUUUGUUCUCUUCUGGUUUUUAUCACAAUAAUCCGAACUGUGAAUAAUGAAAAAGGAGUGGCUUGAGCGUCAGCCGUGACUAUCUUUUGUCGAAUAGAGUUUUUUCUUUCUUCUUUA